GGGCUUCUCAUUCGUCCUGGAUACAAAAAGCUCAUCGUACAGCUGCCGGUGAAUUUAAGUGGUCAGUCGGAGGCUAUGGGCUAUCGGAUUUUAAUUGAAGAUGGAAACUGGUCACGAAUCAACCAUGUGCCGCCUGGUGGUCAAGAGACAGUUUUCAAAGGCCUCAUGCCAUGCCGCUACUACUGUGUCUCAGCAUAUGCCUGGACAGCCCUUACUCGAAUUCAGCUCAUCGGAAAAGACUGUGAGCAGACGAAAAUAAAAUAUUUGAAUGCUAUUCGCGACUUCCAAGCAAUAAGUCUGGCAUCGGGAACUGAACAAGCUGUUCAAUGGAAGCGACCAGCAGGUUUGUCGAAUUGCGGGCUCUUGCAUUAUAGCCUGAUUUAUCGAGACAGGAAUUCCACAAUGGAACGCCGUUGGUUCACUUCAGAAGGUCCACACCUAAUCAGUGGCUUGCAACCAGACACCGAAUAUUACUACAGCGUCCGGGCAUACGUAGGUGAAUUACAUAGCUCAGAGUCGGGUUGGCAAUACUCCAAGACCAAUAAAGAACUGGGACCACCGAAGCCGUAUAAAGCACAGGCUGUUCCAACAGUGGGAGGUUUUCGGCUGACCUGGAAUUUGCCAACAGCAGAAUCUGGUCAACAUGUGAAGAAAUACUUGGUUUCAUUCAGAAAUGAGGCUUUUCUCUUUAUUAAUAAGGGAGAGCUGGAAUAUGCGUUCACCGGACUGCCUUUCUGCCAAACCCUCAAUCUCAGUUUACAGUCAAUAUCCUAUUCGAACAAAGCUUCCUCGAAGAUAUACGAGUGUGUUACUACUCUUGGUACUGUUGGUAUCCGACCAGCACUUGACAAGGUUAAGUUAAGCCGUAUGACAAGAAAGCGGACGCUAACGUGGGAUGCCGCAUGUACCACAAGAACUGGUUGUCUGGCGUGA